GGCACGGAGCGCGAACGCACGAAAAAAGCAAAUACUUGAAACUGUCCAAAAGGCUCCAGCUUCCACUUAAGAAAUACUCCGUUUGUGUUAUUCCUGUUUUCAUUCCAAUCACUUGGGCAGUGGCCGUGCCUCGCCGAGGAUGGGCUGCGCAAUAUCAGGACUGGGCUUGGCACCCAAACCCACAGCAGAAGCGAAAGAUGAAGAAGCCGCUGCCACCCACCUCAGCGAGGAACAAAUCGACAUGAUCAAGGAGUCAUGGAAAGUUAUCCAAGAGGACAUCGCAAAAGUUGGAAUCAUUAUGUUUGUAAGGUUGUUUGAGACCCAUCCGGAAUGCAAAGAUGUCUUCUUCCUGUUCCGAGACGUGGAGGACUUGGAGCGUCUACGGACCAGCAAGGAGCUGCGAGCUCACGGGCUGCGGGUAAUGUCUUUCAUUGAGAAGAGUGUGGCCAGACUGGACAAGCUGGAGCGGCUGGACCACCUUGCCCUGGAGCUGGGGAAGAGCCACUAUCGCUACAAUGCCCCACCCAAGUAUUAUGGGUAUGUGGGGGCAGAGUUUAUCUGUGCUGUCCAGCCAAUUCUGAAGGAGAACUGGACCCCUGAACUGGAGGAGGCGUGGAAGGCCUUGUUCAUGUACGUCACCAGGAUAAUGAAACAGGGCUAUCUGGAGGAGGAGAGGAACAAGCACAACACUCCAGUUAUCUCCAGCAAGGAGAAACCAGAGAAGAAGAACACUGCCCUUUAGGAGUGCUUCCCAAUGGCAGACAUGCCCAGAGACUUUGUGACCUAUCACAGAAGAGAUCUGUCACAUGUAGCGUAGUUCUGUACAUAGUGUAUUUAUCACAUUCAUUCAUAUACAAGUGGUGCACAGUCUUCACAGCAUCCCAUACAACAGUUGUUUUUCUUUUACAUUUUUCCAGAAGUUGCCGCUUCAAAACCAAAGCCAUGCUAGCCACCUUAUUGAGUUCAGUAUCAAUAGAUCCACUAACAGUCUGCUGAAUCUCUGGUCAUUUCACCAAAAGCAAGCAGCUUGUGGCUUCCUUUUUAUCUCAAGGGCGCUUGUAUUUCUUUAUUCAUUCUUUUUUUAAGUUACAUUUGGCUGCUGCUUGCUGGUCCAGUGACAACAGAUUUCAGUUUUAAAGAAAAAACAAUGUCAUCAAACACAAUAUUCAGUGUCACCACACUGAAGACAGAUGAAUUGUCAAAACAGUGACUGUAAAAAUGUAAACCAUGUCUUGUACUCCAUAGAAAAUGGUUACCCACACUUCAUGUUAAAUAGCAUUUAUCUCUGUUGAAUACAAUGAAGAC